AACUUAGAUAGCCUGAGACCAGCUGUCAGCCAUCGAUUGUAUGUACAGGCCAAGACUUUCUACUGUAUUGAAAUUUACAGAACAUUAAAAAUCGACCAGUUUUAUUUUAUUGCGUGACAUUUAUAAAACUUUCGUGCAAUAGUUUAUUCAUAUAAAUAAUAUUACAUUUUUUUAAACAGUAAACAUGUCAUCGACAAAUAGUGAUGGUGUCCAAGGUAGUACGUCAACGUCCAGUGAAGUUCCUAUACAAGGACUAAUACCAAAUGGAGCAGGACAUGGUUACAUAUCAUUGCAUAGACCAUCUGAAUUAUUAGCAACGUUACGUAAUGAAGCAGAAGAACUGUCACCUCCAAAGCCGGAUUUUUCAGCACCACCGCCUUAUGAGCUUGCAACUAAAUUACCCAGUUACGAAGAAGUGCAAAGAGAAAAAUCACUGCAAGGAGAAAAUCCGGUAGCACCGCCACCACACAUAAAUAUCGACACCAUACCUUCAGCUCAGCCAUUUACUAUUUUGGCAAUAGACCCAAAUGCGGCAGAAGGUGACCCAGAGAGCGGACUGCUCGGAACAGAUUUUACAUUUUUCACAGCGUUUUUACUGGCAUUAUUCUUUAAUUGGAUUGGAUUUCUCUUGUCAAUGUGCUUCUGUCACACAAUUGCUGCUCGAUAUGGUGCCCUUGCUGGAUUUGGACUGUCAUUAACUAAAUGGACUUUAAUAGUUAAGCAUUCAACAGAUCUGGCAUCUCGUGCUAACUCGUGGCUGUGGUGGCUCAUAAUGGCUCUUGGCAUCCUUAUUUGUAUUCGCGCUAUCACUCAAUACUUGAACAUCAAACGUGGAUGGAAAUUAUUAUCUGGCAGUGCUCAAGAGCGUCUCCUCUUUUUCUAUUGAGUCAACUAUUAAAAAUCAACACUAUUAUUAUUCUCAAUAUUGAUAUUUAUAGAGAGCAUUCAGCAUUUAUUUAAAUUUUGGUUGUAUUCUUGCACUAUAUAAUAUAUAUAUAAAUCAUCUAUGAAAAAUAUUAAUUUUAGAUAGACUCUACUAAACACGAUAUAUAAUAAAUAUAUAAUUUUAUUGUGUAAAAACAGCAUGAAAAAAAACAAUGUCAUUAGAAAAAAUUUAAAAAAAAAAUAUGGAGGCUGCAUCUCUAUCAUCAGCCGGUUUACCUAAAUUUUAUCCGGGUCAAUUAAAACUCCAUGUAAUUAAUAUUUUAUCUAAUUGCAAGUCCACAUUAAUUAAAUAACAAGUAAUGACUCUACGAAAUAACAUUUUUACUUUAUUAUAUUUUUUAUUUCUACUACAGAAAAAAAAAUACUUCUAUAUAUGAAGUUAUUUAUGUAUUUGAUACAUAUUUCGGCAUUGAAAUUGAAACUUCGUGGGUUUUAUAUGAAAAAAAAAAAUUACAUUAAUUAAAAAUCAAUAUCUCACUAUUAGAAAAAAAUUUUCCAUACGUCACAAGUGUAGUUAUGGAAAAUUUUUUUUCUAAAAUGUGAUAAGGUGGUGAUGUUAUUUGGUAGAGUUGUAAUUAUGUAUAGGUAUUUAUUUAAUAAAGUUUACUCAAGUGAAAAAUUAUAAUUUGAGUGAUCUGUGGAUGGUAGAGAUGUAAAAACACGUGUAAUAAAAAUCUACUGUAAACUAAAAAAAACGCUUAUAAAAAUUUGAUGCGAGGUAAAUUAUAAAUUUAAAGUCGCUAGAUUUUUGUGUAGCAAAAAUAUUUUUGUUUUUAUUUUGUCGCUUUGAUAAUAAUGUACAAUAUACAUGAUAUUGGUAUAAAAAAUGCAACGAUCGUUAAUUGCUUAGAGUGAUUGUUAAUUUAAAUGUUUAAGAUGAUAGAAAAAAAAAUAAUUGAUUGAUAGAAAUAAUAAACUGGCCAUACAAGAAAUAAAACUUUUUUAAAUUUGGUAAAUAAAUAUAUUGAGGGUAGUCAUUGCUCUAAUGAGCAUGAAAAAUAAUUUGUGAUGAUCACUUUACAUACAUAAAAAUAAUUUUAAUGUAAAACAUUUUAAUGUUAGAUCAUAAAUUUAUGUAACAUUCGGUCUUUUAUUGCGUACUCGAAAGAUUAUAUAAUAAUAUAUCUGUGUAUUUAUUAUUAUUAUUAUUAUUAUUAUUAUUAUUAUUAUUAUUAUUAUUAUUAUUAUUAUUAUUAUUAUUAUUAUUAUAUUACAUAUAAAUAUAUUGUAUUAUUCAAUUUAAUAUUUUAAAUUACCAUAAAAUCUACAUGAAUUUUUUAUAAAUUAAAAAUAUAAAAGUACGACAUAAAAUAAAAUA